UGUGCAGGUAGGCAUGUUAGCCUAAUCGUUAGAUCUUUUGGAGAGGCUGUACCACAUGCCUUCAUUUUAACAGAAUUGUUGUGGAAUUGAUUUUUGAAUAAAUUUUGAUAAAGAAAAUGGAAGUUGCCAAGAAAGGAAGCCAUGAUCUUCCACCUGAUGAUCACUCUGAGAAUCUCCAUGCUACACCAUAUGUUCCUUUUUGGAGGAAGAGAACACCUGACAGGUAUGAUAUUGACGACAAGCCCUUUUCUCCUCCAUCUCCAAAUGAGAUGUACCUGGAGACUCAUUGGAAAGGAAAACGGAAGGAAAAUGCUGGAGGAGCACUAGGAGUGAUAGAGCCACAGAGAAGCAGGAGAGGAUCUGUUAAAGUCCUUGAUCCAGAGAAAGGCAUGGUUGAAUUGGAGUACUUAAAAGAUGCUGGACAUCAAGAAAUUCAAUCCAACAAAGAGGAAGGGCAGCAUCAUGAGCAUCCAAGUGAUCUGACUGCUGUGGUUGAACAACUUCAAAUGAAACUGCCAAAAUUAAGUGUUCCUGAAACGUCCUUGCAUUUGGUUGAGAAGACUGCAGGAUUUGCUCCCAUGGUGGAACCCUGGAAGAAGUCAUCAAAGCACCCUACUUCAGCUGGUGUCAUAGAAGGGGAGGUGAAGCCAUUAGUUGUUCGGCAGCUAGUUCCACCCAAUGCUUUCUUCUCACGAAGGUCUACUAGUCCUGAAGGAGGCAGCUUGAGCUAUCUGGCAAACCUAUUUCGAGCAAGUGAAAAGAAUCCAGAGCAGAGCACAGCUUCAGCCAUAAUGCUAAAGCCAGCUAUAGCCACUGUAGAAAGCAGAGAAAAGAAGCUUGCAGUCAAGGGUGAAUCAGAAAUACAGUCCAUAGAAUUACCCAAGCCAACCACCUUGAAGAAAUCCCUCUCAUAUGAUGAGCUGAAGAUGCCUGAGAAGCAGCAAAAGCCACGCAUGACUCCGAAGCCUUCCCACCUUAGGGAAGUUAACAUGUUUGCUCCCAUUUCUUCCUGAGGACAUCAUCUUGUAGGACAAAUCUCAAACCAGAACCUAGUGCAAUAUUAUGGUUUAGAAUGCCUCUUACUUGUGCUUUUGAAGCCACAUUAGUCUCCUGUACAUGUAGUUCAGCUAUUGAUCCUCCCAACUUAUUAAGGAAUGAGAUUCUAUUGAGAAAUUUAAUGAAAAUAAAAUAUUUUAUCUGGUCAUUGGUCAUAAAGAGGUGGUAAACAAAUGACAUAAGAAAAAAAAAGUAACAUUACAAGCUCUAUAGAUACUAUGACAUGCUUCUCUCUUCUGGCAUCUCAGUAAUUAUAUUGCAGAUAUUUUUGCCUAUUUACUCCAUACUUUCUCUUCAUAAAAGUGGCUCUUUCUUUUUGCUAUGAUGGAGUGAUAUGAAGAAGUGUGGGAAGUACAUGAGAAAAGCUACUAUAAGGUCAGUGCACUAAUGAUUUUCAGUUAUUUCCAGCCCUGUGCCAUGAAAAAUUUAGUUAUGGUAUCUGAUCUUUCUGUAGCCUGAAAUUUGUUUCCUUGCAACAGAGACCUAAUAUUUGGAAUGCAUGAGCUAGUCAUCCUCAGAAUAUGUCAGGGAACCCUAGCAUGACAACAUUUCCAAUUUAAAAUAUUGACGAAGUCAGAAGAAAUUAGUAUGCAGCUGACAUUGAUUGACCAUGAGACUUUUUUCCUAUAUAUCCUCAUAUGAAGAAUCUAUUAACACACAGCACUAGAUAAUUUGGCUGGAAUAUGGUAUAAUGUGGCCAGAGUUUCAUCUCUUGUGGAUAUGAGGAAAAGUUAAAGAGUGUCCUAAUGGGGGACAAUUUUUGGAAGAAAAUUUCAGUCUCAACAGACUUGUCUUCCCGGUUUGCUGUUCUUUCAGGAUGAAUGUGCAAAGACAUUAUGGAUGUGUGUGUCCAUGUGCAAUGUUGAAUGAGUUCUGAGUGUCUGUGAAUGCAUAAAUGUGCAUCCCUUUCAACUGAGGCCAUAGAAAUAGGUGAGAGAUGACAAAAUAAGAUAAAUUAAAAUUUAGGUUCUCCUUGCAAGAAGUGGGCUAAUCACAAAUAAAAUCACUUAUUAGUUUUUGCCAAAAGUGAUUCCAUGAAGCAGUUUAAACUCCAAUUCACAAGUAUAUGAUUUAAUUUCAAUUGAGAUCCCUGACAUUAUUCAAAUUGAUGAUGUGAGUCAUGAUUGACAGGUGACCAUGACCCAUAUCAAUGCCACAAAACAAAUGUUUCUGUUACUCUCCCAUAAUGCAUCCACAUUAAUGCAUAUCAAAUUUUAACACAGGAAGUUUAAUGUAUCUGCUACAUUUUCCCUCUAUGUAAUUUUGUGAUUCUUGUCCCUUGCAAUAGUACAAUGGGGGUGAAAAUUUGUUGCUACAUGGUAGAUGACAUUUAUCCAGCAGCCAAGAAUUGUGGAAAAGGCCAUUGGGUAGGGAAAAUAUUAUCAACAGUGCCUUUGGUUCCUAUUUCCACAAUAUGUUCCAAUGCUCUGAAAAACUUGAGCAAAGUGAGGGUUAAGUCUCAAAAUGGAGUAUGUAAAAAUAAUUGAAAUUGACAAUAAUUUUGAGUUUGAUCAUGUUUGUGCUUGUGAACCUCUUGAUUGCUGAUCCCAUUUGAGGUGUAGUUCAUGCUUUGCUGGAGAUACUAUAAUGAAACUUUUAAGACUAAGGAAAACACUCUGUUGUCAUUUUUGUCAUCCCCAUAUAAUUUUAUGUCUCAGGAAUGAGAGGAACUGGUUUCAGCUACUCUAUUCUGCUUCCUUAGUCAAUAGGUUUUCUUUCACCACUAUAGCAUCUUUAAAAUUCCUCUCCAUUGUUGUUGAAGCAUCAAAUCCCAUGGGAUGUUUCUGCAUCUCACCACUGUCAUUGAUAUCCAUUGUAGGCUAGGAAUUUUCCCAAUGAUUAUUUUCCAUAUAGUCACAAAUUCUUUAACCCCUCAACUGCUGUUUUUUCUCUUUGCAACCUUCUAAGAUUUUUUAUGAUAUGCCCUGGUU